AUGAGCGCUGGCACAGAGACGGCGAGUUUCCCGAUUAUGACCACCGGUGGACCAACAGAUGAUAGUACUUGGCUAGAGAUAUCCGACUUUGAAUACGACUAUGUUACCGUCAGUCAAGAGAUUUCUAGUUUGAAUGUGGGAGGUGAAUAUGAGGUGUCUCUGGCUUGGUCAUUGUCAAGCAAUACCUCUAGUUAUGAAGCGAGCUGCCUCUUGGAGAUCUCAAUUGACUCCACAACUAUUCUUGGCUCUGGGCAAUCUGGAGCUGGCGUCCGUCCGUUCACUGGAGCAUGGGAGACAGUCACAGCUACUUACACACCAACCGCUUCAACCAGCAUUCCAUUUGAAAUUUAUAUUAGCUGUUAUGAGGGUCAAUCAUCGGAUAGUCCUAUCGUUGGAGUGGCUGAUAUUUCAAUGGUCUCUUCUACAUGCUAUACUACUACUUCUGUGUCCUCAUCAACAUCAUCUACAGUGACUACAACCAGUGACACUUCAGUUACCACGCCGGCAUCUUCAGGCGCUACUGCUAGCAGUGACAGCCUCAUUCCCACUGACGCCAUCAGCACCGCUACCUCUUCAGCCAGCACCGUGUCCGCAAGCGCUACAGCCACCUCUACGACUUCUUCGACCUGGACCGCAUCUACUGGUACAGUUACCACAGAUGAUGAUGGGACAUCUACAUUGACUGGCAGCACUACCGAUGGUGAUUCUGCCUCGGCAAGUAUAUCAGUCGACUCAGAUGACUCAACCAGUUCCGUCUCUGGCACCGUGUCAGUGACUAGCAGCUCUGUAUCACGGAAGCGAGAUACCCUCUCAUGUACCCUAUACGUUUAUCAAGGCUUGGAAGAGAUUUCUUCAACUACAGUUGACGCCGGAUCCUCUGCCUCGUUUGUCGCCUGUCUUGCAGCUGACUCCUCGGAUACUGUGGAUAUAUUGGUCGAUUGCAAUGGAUCUGGUGGAACUGUCAUAGUUUCCGAGUUGGCUGUGGGUUCUGGUGCAUCUGUGAACGAAAAAUGUGUAGCUUCUACUUCGACUACUUCUACUUCGAGUCAGCUUUCUUCUACUUCAGCCAAGGGUCACCCUCAUACUUGGUCCUCUGCACCUGGAAGCAGUUCUGUGGUUCAUACUCGUACGAAGCCUGGCCAUUCCGAGUCUACCUCUCUCCCUCAUUCUCAAUCUUCAGAACCGAUCUAUAUGGCAUCAACCUACUCUCCAGGCCCAGUCUCGGGAUCCAAGUCUGAGACUUUUACCUCCUACGUGCAUUUCACCUAUGUGAUCACUGAUACUAUCAUAUCGUAUACAACCAUCUGUCCGGAGACUGCUAUAGAGACUGCUGAGAGCUCGACUGUCUCCUUUGCCGGUUCCUCCAUCUCUGUUAGUCCUGAAUAUACUUCAACCCUUCCGGUUCCCACUACCACUCAAUCCGCCUCCGCUGAAACCUCUCAGGUCUUGUCUGGAGUGGCUUCAGCUGGGUACAUCGAAACUGCCGACACUAAAUCCACCCGCUCUUCCGACUCGCUCAGCUCUGAGAGUGAAGCUUUCACGUUCACCACAUACAUUCCCGUUCAGGCUACCGGGUCAGCUGGCUCGAUCAAUGCAUCUGAGAAGUCGUCAGCUGCAACUGAAACUGGAUCCGACGUUUCCACAACUGCAGGGGCCACCGCUGCUGAAGGCACAGCAGUGAAUGUCAUAUCUGAAUCUGCCAGUGGAUUGACCACUACGGGGUCUUCUUUGAUUGUCUCUUCUAUCUCCACGGCAGCUACACAGAGUGUGUCCCCUCUCUCGACAAGUGCCCCUCUCUUUAACGGGGCAAUUUCUGCCUUCUCUCCUAGUCUUACAGGGAUCAUUAGCAUAUUGCUCGCUUUGGUUAUUUGA